AUGACUAGUCUAUACUUAAGAUCUACAUUCAGCUCUCUCAGAGAGUAUCUGACACCUAUCAACCAUACUUCAACAUUCACUGAGACUGGAGAGAUUACUCCGGAGGAGUUUGUUGCUGCUGGAGACUAUUUGGUUUAUAAAUUCCCAACGUGGCAAUGGUCUCCCGCCCCUGAGUCUAAGAAACGCGAUUUUCUUCCUGAUGACAAACAGUUUCUAGUCACCAGACGUGUCCCCUCGUACGUGAGAGCGAGCGAUUACGAGGUUCCUGCCAAGGUGCCGGAUUUCACAGAGGAGGACGACUGGACAAACACAAACCUUGACACCGUUCAUCCGACCCGGUGUGGUCCUGAGGACGAGCGGCGACAUUCUAUCAAGUACGUGGAGCUGACAGAAAGCGGCGUCUCGGGCCCCAAGGACGAGCAAACAGAGGAGCACGAAGGGUCUGGUGCGCAUGAAAUUAAUGAUAUUGACGAGCUGAUCGACGAGACCGCAGAGGAGGCGGAGACUUCGCAGGACAGACACCAGGAGGAGAUCGUGAACGACCCGCGUAAGCGCAGCUAUGACCUGUACAUCACGUACUCCACGUCGUACCGGGUGCCAAAGAUGUAUCUUGUUGGGUUCAAUUCCAAUGGUGUUCCGCUGUCGCCAAACGAGAUGUUUGAGGACAUUGCUAGCGAUUACAGACAGAAGACAGUAACCAUCGAGAAGGCUCCGUUUUUGUCCAACACGACGUCUGUGUCGAUCCAUCCGUGCCGACACGCCAACGUGAUGAGAGUGCUGAUGAAACGGGCCGCGCACGCAGCACAUGCCAAGAAGAUCAAGGACAAGCAGCUGGUGAGCGGCGUGGCCAAGCUGGGACUUGCGGACGGCCACGACGAGGAUGAGGACGAGUGGGAGAACGUCGACCAGGGCGAGGAGGGCAUUGUUCGCGUGGACCAAUAUCUUGUGAUCUUCCUCAAGUUUAUUGCGAGCGCCGCUGUGGUCGAACUGGGAGCACAGAAUGCCCUUUUCUCCUUCCAAAGACCCGGGAACCGCGAUGUUGGUUCCCUGCUGGAAGAUUUCACCCGAUUGCCAGUCCCAGAACGCGAACUUACCAUUGUCACAGCCGCCGAACAUGACUCCGUCUGCGUUGGUGGCCAGAGUGUUGAUGAUUGUGUUUCCAUGCUCGAUCUUGUUGGUUUCGAAGAACUCCACGUUUUGCAGGUAAGAACAGUCUGGGAGCUGGAAUUUCUUGAUUCCGUCCGAGGACGCGGUGAUCAGCUGCUCGUUCUCUGCCCCCAGAGCAAAAGACCGCACCGAUUUCGAGUGGUAGGUAAGCGUUUUGUCGCACUUCCCGGCAAUCAGGUCCCAGGUCUUGACGGUGGAGUCCAUCGACGAACUGAUCACCUGCGGGUUUGUGGCACGCGCCCUGACCUGGUUGACGCUGGACUUGUGGCCCGGGAACGUGUAGACGGCCGUUUUCGUUCUGAUAUCCCAAACACGAACGCUGGAGUCACGGCCACCCGUGACUAUGAGGUCGAGCGUUGGAUGCACGUCGAUCGAGUACACCGAGCUGAGAUGGCCAUGGUAGUCUCUGAUGAUGGCGUUUUUCUCCAGGUCCCAGCACUUGACGGUUUUGUCCUCGGAACAGGUGAACAUGUACGGAUGUCUGUCCGAGACGACGAUUCCUCGCACAGCCAUGAUGUGACCCGUGAGCGUGAGGUCGAGACGCGAGGCGGCAAGGUUCCAGAUCUUGAUUGUGCUGUCAGCAGAGCCUGUGGCAAAAACGAGGAGCCCGAGUAUUUGAAUCUCCAGGAGGUCGACGAGGUGGUCGAGGACGACGACUCGAACCCUCCAAUGGACGAGGACGAGAUGGACGAGGACGAUGAGCCGUUAGAAAUCGACCUGAGCAACAACUCCCAAGGCUACUUUGAGGACCACCAGGACUCCAUCUUUGUGGUGGCGACACACCCCACUGUGCCGCUCGUGAUGACCGGUGGAGGAGACAACGUGUCGUACUUGUGGACUUCGCACACCAACCCAACGAAACUGGUGGCCAAGCUCGACGGCUACACAGAGUCUGUGGUUGCUGCUGGCUUCACCAGCGACGGGUCAUACCUGGUUUCCGGAGACAUGACGGGCAAGGUGCUUGUGCACAAGGCGUCCAAGAAGUUCCAGGUCUGGUCGUUGUACGGAACUUUGGAGGACGUGGAGGAAAUCACCUGGUUGCAGGUGCAUCCUAAACAGAACGUUUUCGCAUUUGGAGCUUCAGACGGAUCUGUCUGGGUUUACCAAAUAGAGCCAACUUUGGAGGUGAUUUUCACUGGAUUCUCGCAUUCGAUGGAGUGUACGAACGGUCUGUUUGUGAACUGCGACAACCUGGACGAGCUGAAACUCGUUACCAUCUCGGAAGACGGCUCCAUCAUUGGAUGGAAUUGUUUCACACAGACACAGGAUUACAAGAUAGACGCACAGAACGGACUCAAGGGAGUGAUCACUCCGUGGGUGUCGAUUGACGCAGAUCCUCACAGCAAGGCGUUGGCCAUUGGAUCCAGAGACUCUCAGUUGGUCAUAAUAAACAGCGAAACGGGAGCCAUUCUCACCAGCUUGCGUGUGCUGGAGUUGCAGGAAGGCCAGGACGUUUACGACAUCUCCAUUGAGAGUAUCAGCUGGUGCAAGUCUCCUAGUCUAGCACUGAUGGCCCUUGGAUUGGUUUCUGGAGACGUUUACAUUUUCGACACCAAAACAUGGAAGGUCAGACGUACGCUCAAAUGCUCCGAGUCGGUGACCAAGCUCCGGUUCCUGGACAACUCCCCAGUGCUGCUAGGAGCAUCGAUGGACGGAAAGGUGUACAAAUGGGACGCUAGAACCGGCGAGCUGUUGGACUCUUUCGUCGGCCACCAUAUGGGAGUGUUGGACUUUGCGUUGGACAACUCAAAGACACGUUUGAUUACCGCGGGAGACGAGGGAGUCUCGCUAAGCACUGCCACUGCUGAGGAGGUUGGCCUCGACCUGUCUCUCGAUCAGCUUGCCCAUGAGGUCGACCUCGAUGUUAACGGUAUCUCCGAUCUUUUUCAGGGGCAGAACAACUUUUUGCUGGGUGUAAGCCACCAUCAUGAUCUUGAACCGGGCCUGGGUGUAGUCGACGUCAAUGACGGUCAGACUUGUUCCGUCGAUACAGAUGAAGCCUUUUUGGACGAUGUAGUUCAUCAGUUCCUUGUCUCUGAGUUCGAAACCGAACUGGAUGCUAUCUCCGUCAGCUCUCUCGAGAUUGACCUUGGUGCCCUUGGCGAGGCUGCCAAUGUUGGUCUUGCGCAAAGUUUCCUGGGACACCCCGACUUUGAAGGUGGAAUCAGAAAACUCCGUCACUGUCAAACAGAUGCCAUUGACAGCAAUGGAGUCGCCCAAAUGACAAUCGCCGAGGAUAGACGCAGCGUUGGAGAUGACAAUGUCGAGGUCGCCGUGCUGGCCAACCUCCUCAACCUCGUGGAUAACACCCACGGUCUCGACGAUACCGGUGAACAUGAUUAA